CUGAGAUAGCAACACGAUGCAUCACAGGCUUGGAAGAACUAAAUAAACUGUACUUUUUUUUAUUUUUCAAACUAUCUUGUAGUUUAGUUUGAAAGUAGGCCUGCAUUUGAUAGUAUUGUUUCGGAGAGAAAAUGUUGCAAGGUUUUAGUCUGGGUUUCUGCUUGGCAUUACUUUGCUUCGGACCGUUUGUUUGCAGCGCGUGUCCGUCUCAAUGUAGCUGCUUCUUUCACAAGUUAUCAGAUGGAUCCAAAGCAAGGAGUGUCCUUUGCAAUGACCCACAGAUCACGCUGGUCCCACCCAACUUUCCCGCAGACACCUCGAAACUGCGGAUCGAGAAGACUGCCAUCACAAAGAUCUCCAGCGAAACCUUUCACUACCUCAACAAUCUGGAAUUUCUCUGGAUGUCUUUCAAUUCUCUGAACUCUUUGAAUGUAGACAGCUUCCGUGGCCUGAGAAGUCUGGAUGAGCUGAGACUGGAAGGGAACGCUCUCACCUCUUUCCCCUGGGAAUCUCUGACUGAUAUGCCCGACCUCAGGCUACUGGACCUGCAUAAUAAUAAGAUAUCGUCGAUCCCGGCCGAGGUGACCAUCUAUAUCAAGAACCUGACCUACCUGGACUUAUCUAGCAACAGCCUGGCCACUGUACCUCCGGAGGUUCUCUCUAUGUGGUUAUCUGUGAAACCGUCUCAAGAAGAUGGGGACAGUUCCAAAUAUAUUAUAGGUCUCCAUGACAACCCAUGGCUGUGCGACUGCCGGCUCUAUGACCUGGUCCAAUUCCAGAAGUCUCCGUCAUCCUCCGUGGUUCUGAUCGACACCAGGCUGAGCUGCGCUGACCCAGAGAGCCUGUCGGGGGUGCUAUUCAGCGAGACGGCGCUCCAGAGGUGCCAGGGGCCCCGGGUCCACACGGCUGUGGCCCGGGUCAGGAGCUCCCUGGGGAACAACGUCCUGCUGCGCUGUGGAACCAUCGGAGUCCCAAUACCAGAGCUGUCCUGGACCCGGGCAGACGGCAAACAGAUGAACGGCACUGUUCAGGAAGAAGUUUCAAAAGAGGGAAUCAUUUGGUCCAUCCUGAGUGUGCCUGCCGUCUCUUACCGGGACUCUGGGAAAUACAUGUGCAAAGCGACCAACUUUGUGGGGACUGCAGAUGCCAUCAUCUCCCUGGUUAUCACAGACUCCUUUAAAAAUGAGGAACAAGGUGGCAGCUCCAAGACUAGAAACCAAAGAGGACGGAAAACCGGUGGGUUUGGGAAAGCUGCCUACCAGGAGAAACUUGUUGCCAGAUACAUACCUCCACCAACCACCACGGCAGCCACGCCCAUCAUCGAGCCACUAGGACCGGGCGGUUUCACAGGGAAGUAUGAUAUCGAGAGCUACAGUAUUUCGGACACCGUGGCCGAUGGACAGACGCCUGGUCCUCCCAGCAAGGAGCCGGCGAUGCAGGAAGUGGAGAAGGAGGUUCUUAGCAACCUGGCAGCCAACGCAUCUUCUUUACAAGCGCCGGCGCCGCCGGAGAAACGGGUGGUGCGCUCGGUGAAGGUAAUCGGGGACACCGACCAUACCGUCUCCCUGAACUGGCGGGCCCCGACAGCCAAGAACACCACCGAGUUUAGCGUCCUGUACGCCGUUUUCGGCGAGAGGGACAUGCGGAGGAUCAACGUAGGCGUGGGAAAGAACCGGAUCACCAUCGAGGGCCUUGUACCAAGGACAAAGUACAUCGCCUGCGUCUGCGUCAAAGGCCUGAUCCCAAAAAAGGAGCAGUGCGUAAUCUUCUCAACGGACGAGGCGGCCAGCGCUAGCGGCACCCAGAAACUCAUUAACGUGGUGGUGAUCACCGUGGCCUGCGUGAUCGCUGUCCCCCUGACGUUGAUCGUCUGCUGCGGGGCGCUCAAGAAGCGCUGUAAAAAGCUACUGGGGAGGAAAUCCAAAGAUAUCCAAGACUCAUAUGUGACAUUCGAGACCCUCUCCCCGGGACAAAAGCCCAAGGGGAUGGAGGGGGAGUACCUAGCCAGGCAGCACCCAGAUGAGUCCAACAGACUGCUCUCUGCUAGGUCCAGUGUGGGCUCUGAGGCCACUUGUAGGACUGAGGGACCGCCUAACGAGUACUUUUGUUGAUACCAAAUGAUGGCCUCAACCUUUACAGAGCAGAGAAAUCUGUCCUUUUUCAACCAGAACUUAAGUUGGUUGGUUGGUCUCUUCUGACAAGUGAUGUACUGUAGAUGUGUAGCUGAGUACACAGAGUGAAACUGGGAAGAGACUGGGACAGUUGCAUGGACACGUGGGGUGGAGUCUAGAUAAAUAUGAGGAAUAAAUGUUGACAUAGCUGUGAUUAUACAGCCUUGUGGGAAUAAAGGCCACCCUUGACCUGGUGAACUGUAAAAAAAACAAAUAUUUCAUUGUACUCAAAAUGUGCAAAUAAGCAUUUUAUAUUUGUCAUGCACUUUUAAAGGGGGGUAUUUAUUGUAAGCAGUUACAUUUCUUUGAAAUGGCACUAGGGUUACAAAAUUAUGGUAACUUUAGCAACAUUCCCAGGUUUUCCAGAAGUUCUUGGUGGAAUCAGAAUGGCAUAAGGAACCCUAAAUGGCACGUUCUACUAGAAUACGUGAAACCCAUAUUUUUAGAGGAAGCGUAAUGACAGUUAUUCUGAAAUCUGAGCUCAGAAUUCUGGCAUAGUUUUUAUUUGACAAUGUCAUGUGUUUGUAGAGUAUUGGUGAAGCAACUCAUAUCUGUAGAGAUAUUUUGUACCUCUGUGUAUUUACCAUAUAUGUUAAUGUGCCAGGUUUACUGUCCAAUCAAAUCUAACAUACUAUAUAUUUUGUAA